AUGGCGAGAACAGUACUUAAAGAUCUCGACCCAAGCUUCGCUGACCGCGUGCAGAACGUGGCCAACAGGAUCAUGUGGUACGACGGCAGAGACAUCGCCUCCAGCCCCUACGGAGACUACUGGCGCCAGAUGACAAAGCUCUGCAUCAACGACCUUCUUAGCCCGAAAAUGGUGCGCUUGUUCCAAUCCAUCCGCGAAGAGGAGUCCGGUCGAUUAGUCAAUUCGUUGCGCGAAUCUUGUGGAGGCACUGUCAAUUUAUCGGAGAAGUUGUUUUCGUAUUCGAGCUCCAUUACUUGCCGCGCUGCCUUCGGUAGCGUGAGCGUGGACAGUGAGGCGUUGAUUAAGAUGAUGGUGGAUUCGAUGAAGAUGGUCGGAGGCUUUGAGAUGGCGGAUAUGUUCCCGUCGUCUAGAAUCAUCUGCGCGUUGAGCUGGAGGAAGGUGCGGCUCAUGAAGGCGAUGCGGCACAAGCUCCAUCGGAUUCUUGAUGAUAUUAUCGAUCACCACAGAAGGAACCGAGCGGAAUCCGGUGGCCGGAGAUUCAAGGAUGAGGAUUUGGUUGAUGUGUUCCUUAAGGCUAAGGAAGAAGAGGAGCUCAAGUUUCCAAUUGAUAACCACAACAUAAAGGUUGUGUUGUUUGAUGCGUUCACUUCUGGAACUGAUACUUCCGCGGCAGCUAUUGACUGGACCAUGGUAGAGCUGAUGAGGCACCCUCGACUGAUGGCCAAGGUACAAGCUGAAAUAAGACAAGCACUAAAAGAGAACAAUGAACAAGAAAAUGAUCUAAAAUAUCUAAAACUCGUGAUCAAAGAGACUCUGAGGCUGCACCCUCCGGCUCCAAUGCUGCCUAAAGCUUGCAACAAGGAACACGUGAUCAACGGAUACACCAUACAGGCUGGAUCUAUGGUGAUGGUCAAUAUUUGGGCCAAGCAAAGGGACCCGAGAUAUUGGAAAGAUUCGGAGAUGUUUAAUCCCGAGAGGUUCGAGAGUGAAGAUCUGAAUUUCGUAGGCAGUGAUUUUAAAUACUUGCCAUUUGGAUUCGGUAGGAGUAUGUGCCCCGGGUUGACGUUCGGUUUGGCUUCUGCUGAGUCGGCUCUUGUCCAACUACUCUAA